CCCGGGUUUCAAAAUCGGAUCUUCUUUCUAUUCGAAAACCACGAUUUCUAACCCUAGCCGCCUCCGAAAUUUCCCCAAUUUUUUCGUCGCCAGAUUUUUUCGUCAAAUUUCUCGCUCUGAUCCUCUCCUUCUUCCAGAUCGACGUUCGUUCUGAUUGUCAAAUAAAAAUGGGAUUGAAGCGCCCUUUUAAUGCCGAGGAGGUGCAGGAGUUGAACUUGAAGCACGCAAGACCACUUACUUAUGACAAUGACUUGACCCAAUUAGAUGUAGUUUUUCCAUAUCACGUUUCCUCGAGGAAGCCCAGUGUCAUAGAGGAAAUGAGUGACCUAUGCAGGUCUGAAAGUGAGGAUGAGAUUGAAGGUGAUACUUGGAAUGAAAAUGCAAGUUCGUUUGAGGAGGAUGCUGGGUCUGGUGCAACGAUUCAGUCAUCCCUCUCUCAUGAAUCACCUGAUUCAGUUUUCCCCUGGAGACCUCUUUCCCCUGUGGAGAAUGAUUAUUUCUGUCUUAUGGAUCGCUCUCCAAGAAAGCAAGUUCCGAUUGGGCCUAAUUAUCAGGCUGUCAUCCCCGAAUUUGGUAGGCCUGUCAAGGAAGAGAUUCUGGAUGAAGACGAAGAAAGACUGAUGGGAAAGUGCACAAUUCCAGCUCCUGAUGGCAAUGUAUCGGGAACUGAGGUUUGCGUAAUGGGUAAAGGAAGAAACGAUUGCCUCUGCUGGGACAAGGGCACUGUCAGAUGUGUGCGACAGCACACCAUGGAAGCCAGGGAAGACCUGAUGGAAACUAUUGGGUAUGAAAAAUUUGUGAAGUUAGGUUUCUGUGAAAUGGGGGAGGAAGUUUCCCGCAAGUGGACUGAGGAGGAGCAGGACCUCUUUCAUGAGGUGGUUUACUCCAAUCCAGCUUCACUGGAUCGGAAUUUUUGGAAGCACCUAGAGGCGGCAUUUCCUUCACGAACUAUAAACGAACUCGUGAGCUAUUAUUUUAAUGUAUUCGUCCUGCAAAGACGAGCCGUCCAGAACCGUUGCCAAAGCCUGGACAUUGACAGUGACGAUGAUGAAUGGCGAGCGGACUAUGAUACCUUUUAUGGAGCCCAAGCUCCUCCAGGUGAGGAAGAAGACUCUUUCCUGGGGUCUUCUUUUCACCGGCACACUGGCCAGGAAUACAAGAAAAGCCUCUCGCAUGGAGAUAACAAUGGUGAGAGCAACUGCAGUGAUGAUAAUGACAGUGACAACAACAACAACAUAGAUGGUGACAGAGGAGGCCAUAUGGAUAAGGUUUCAGGCAACGAUGGGGAAGCAGCGACAGCAGAAGAUGGGUCGUGCAUGUCUUUGGAGUUCCAACCUGGUUUGGUCUACACUCGUAGUCCUAAGGGAAACAAAGAGAAACCCGACACGGGGAAAUGUUGGCACCACCAUAGGUUUGAUGGGUGCUGCGAUAUUGUGAACCAGUUGUAUUCAUUCGAUGCAUGCGACACAAGACUGCUGCCAAACCCUUGGACCAAGAGCGUGGAUCUUCUACCGACAUCGAACAUGAUUGAGGAGAUAUUCGGACUAGAUGCCUGGGAAGAUCAUUCCGAGGGAAGUAAAUGAAGGGUUCUUCAAUGGUGUUCGUCUUCUCUUCUUUGUAAAUGGGAUUAUUUAAGAAGCACAAGUUGUAAAGCGAAGCCAUGAUUUUGUUUUUUUUUUCCCUUCUCUCUUGUAUAUCUAAAUUACUUUCUCCUGAAAAAAAAAAUGUAGAAAAUUUUGUGAAAA